GUAUUUCUAAGCCAAAAAAACUCAAGAAACAAGUAGCUAGCUCACAGGAAAAGAGUCAAUAAAAGGGAAAAAUUCUCACUUUUUCUUCCUUUUUUAUUUUUUGUUUAAUGCGUGUUAGAAGCUUAGAAAGCAACAUGAUCUUCACCUGCUAGUCCAUGAAAUGAAACAAACCUAACAGCCUUCUUCAACCUCACCGAUAACCAAAAGGGCCUCUAAUUUACCAGAAGUUUCAGGCUUUCGAUCCUCUCGAUCUACCAAUACUAUGGCCACCAAUGGUGAGCAGAGAGCUGCGAACGCAGAGAAUAGCUUGGAGAAGAUCAAGCGUCAUCUGGCUUCGGGUUCUGGCCGUAACUUGUUGCAGGGCCCACUUCUCAAGCGAUCCGAGACGCUGAGAAAAUGGAACGAGCGGUGGGUGAUCUUAGACCCGACAACAGGGAGAAUGGAAUACAAGAUUAGGAGAAAUGAGCCGACUGUCAAGGGAACCAUUCUCUUUGAUGCAAAUAGCACAAUCACCCUUUCUCCAGUGAACUUCCAUGGGAUGCAAAAGUAUGAUGGCUGCUGUUUCUAUAUUGGGACCCCACAGAAAAAAGACUACUUCCUUUGUGCAGAGACUCCUGGUGCAGCUAGAGCAUGGGUAUCAACACUACAAGCAACACAAUUGGUUUUAAAGGCCCAUAAAGAAGCUGUGAAUUCCUUGAGUGGCAAUGGUUCUGCGAAACUGGGAACGGUUGCAGCAGUAGUUGCUGCUGCCAAUUCGACUGCUUUGGAGAGUUCUAAGGAUAUUGAAGCAGCAAUGCAUAUUUCUUUGAGAAAUGCUUUGGGAGUGAUAACGAAUAAGCCAACUGAUGGUCCAAUGGAUGAUUUUGCAAUUAUGAAGGAGACAUUACGGGUCAAAGAUGACGAACUACAAAAUUUGGCUAGGGACCUUCGUGCACGCGAUUCAACAAUUAAAGAAAUAGCAGAAAAAUUAACCGAGACUGCUGAAGCUGCUGAGGCUGCAGCCUCUGCAGCUCAUACAAUUGAUGAACAAAGGAGAAUUGUUUGUGCAGAAAUUGAGCGCUUAAAAAAAGAUUCAGAGAAGCAGCUGGAAUCUUCCAUGUUAAAGCUAAAAGAUUCUGAAGAAAAGGCUAUGGCCUUAAGCAAAGAAAGAGACCAAUUGAUCAGGCAGAGAGAUUCUGCUCUUCAGGAGGCACACAUGUGGCGUUCUGAGCUUGCAAAAGCUAGAGAGCGUGUUGUGAUAUUAGAAGCAGCUGUCGUGAGAGCAGAGGAGAAGGUUAGGGUUGCAGAGGCGGAUGCUGAAGCUAGAAUAAAGGAGGCUGUGCAGAAAGAAUCAGCUGCGCUGAAGGACAAGCAAGAGCUCCUGGUCUAUGUGAAUAAGUUGCAAGCACAGCUUCAAAGACAUCACAUUGAUACGAAGCAAGUGUUCGAGGAGAAGUCCGAGUCUGGCAAUACACCCCUGACUAAACAUGUAGACUUGUCUGAAGAAAAUGUUGAUAAAGCAUGCCUCAGUGUUUCUAGAACAGUCCCAGUACCAGGGGAGAGUGUAGUUCACAUGGCUGGGGAUCAGGUCAACCACCGGCCAGUUGGAGAUGGUGAAUGGAGUGACAUUCAGGCUCAAGAUGCAAGGAUAGCUGAUGUAAGAGAAAUUGCCCCCGAGUCAGAAGCAAGUAGCUUGGAUAUUCCAGUUGUUAGCCAACCAGUUGGUAACCAACAUGAACAAGGAGGGAACUCUUUUCAUCAGCCUUGAAAAUGAAGUGAUACAUUUGUAGAGCAGAAAACUUGAAAUUGUAGGGCGUGUGGCGGACUAUAUAGAAGUCAGUUAUAGGAGAAAUGUGAACUUGGUGUACUUUUUAUACCCUUUCAUUUAACAAAUUGAGGUCAUGGCAGCCUGAUUCUGCA